AUGGACAGCCCAGGUAUCAUAGCUGUCGUGUACACUCGCCUGGGACCAUUUCCGGAGAUCAAGGCUGCCGGUGGGUUCCUUGCUGUGUGGGCACUCUUUUGGUGGGUUCGCUACUAUCGCUCAUGGAUUGACCUACCGGUUGUUGGCCCGAAGGGCUUUUUGGCAUCUAGAUGGUCAGGGCUAAAGUGGCCCGCGAACUGUGACCAACUCCUGAACGAGGGAUAUCUGAAGCAUGGUGAUUAUGCAUUUCAGGUACGGACACGGGACAAGUGGGAGGUGUGUGUAUGCAACGACGAUAUGGUGCGCGAAUACCAAGUUCUUUCGGAUGAGUAUGCAUCUCUGGACGCCGUCAGUGAAGAUCUCUUUCAGACAAUGUACACUUGCCCAGGUGUUGCAGACUCGCUGAAACAUGUUCCCGUGGCGGCUCUGUCGAAGGCCGUGGUUUGGUCCAGAAACCGAACAACUGGAAAGCAUUCUACAUACUUCCAAGAACUUGUCAAGGAGCAAGAGAUUGGUUUAAAAGCGGAACUUAGUGUUCCUCCAGGUGAAUGGAAAGAGUUCAACUGUCUGUCGGUCGCACUGGCAUUGAUGCUACGCAUGAUCGGCCGCGUGCUGGUUGGUAACCCACUCUGCCGGGACCCAGAUGCCAUCUCGUUGUUCAUGAGAUACGGCUCGGCUGUCCCAGUGAGUGGGCAUCAAAUCUCGUGGCUGCCACGCAUAUUGAGACCCUUGCUGGGUCCCCGUUUUGCCGCUUCUAGGAUGCAAGUGGAACUAAGCAACCUCAUAGUCGACGACAUGAUGCGCAAUGCGGAUGCAAAAGAUGACCAGCUGACGCUUGCGCAAUGGGUGUGGCAGUGGACAGAACGGGAAACUCCCGGUCAAUUCACCCCAUUCGAUGUGGCUGGACUACUCGUGUCGUCCAUCUUCGGCGCUGUGCAUACCGCUGGUUCGGUGCUAACAAAAACCCUGUACGAGCUCACUCAACGGCCGGAGUAUAUUGAAAUUCUUCGUGGCGAAGUCGAACAAGCAAUUAGCGAGCAUGGAGGAGUCGGCAGGGAAUCCAUCGAGGCGAUGACAAAAUUAGACAGUUUCAUCAAGGAAAUCAUGCGCCUACAGCCUGUGGGUCCAGCCGCUGUGCAUCGAGUCAUGAAGAAAGACUACACCUUUAAAAACGGGGUAAAGUUACCCAAGGGAACACUUGUCUACGCUCCCAAUACACAGUUACAUAUGGAUGAGCGCCACUAUGACCAACCAGAACAGUUCGAUGCGUUGCGAUUCCACAAGCUCGGACAGGAGUCUGGAAAACCCAAUAACUACAAAAUUGCCGGUUCCAGCCCCAAAACGCGUCAGUUCGGCGAUGGAAAGCAUGCUUGCCCGGGGAAGCAGCUCGCCGCGGAUCUGCUACGUAUUAUCAUGGCCCACUUUCUGCUCAAUUUUGACGUCCGAAAGUGCGACGAGGCUGCAAGCUACCCACCUAUGGAGCAAAGAGGCAUGUCUAUUAGGCAACGCACGUCUACAGCCAACUUAAAAGCGUAG